GCCCGAGUCUCUCUCUCUCUCUCUCUCUCUCUCUAGCCCUCUCCGAUCCUCCUGCGAAUCGUUCGAGAGGUAACUUUUUCGCAUCUCUCUCUCUCUCUCUCUUCCAAGUCGAUUCAAAUCCACACGUUUCUCUCUCCCUGUUUGAUUAGCACGUGAAUCCACUCGGCGCAUCUGUUGAUCUCCGUAAGUAGGAUCUACGUCAUACGAAUUCAAUUCGAUUCACGCAUAUAUUCGCCUUAACAGUUUGUAUUUAGCCAAUCUUCGCUGUUUGUUUUUUUUUUAUAAAAAAAAUCCGUCUAUGCUUCGAUCUGGUUCUCGUUAGAUCUGCCUAUCGCGGUUUGGUGUGAGUGCCAAUAGCAUUGUUAUAAGCAGAUAGCUGGAGUGAGAUAGAGAUGGGGCUUACCUUCACGAAGUUGUUCAGCAGGCUUUUCGCCAAGAAAGAGAUGAGGAUUCUUAUGGUAGGUCUCGAUGCUGCUGGUAAGACUACCAUACUGUACAAACUCAAGCUUGGUGAAAUCGUCACUACAAUCCCUACCAUCGGAUUUAACGUGGAGACAGUGGAGUACAAGAACAUUAGUUUCACAGUUUGGGAUGUUGGUGGUCAGGACAAGAUCCGUCCAUUGUGGAGGCACUAUUUCCAGAAUACACAGGGCCUAAUAUUUGUGGUGGAUAGCAAUGACAGGGAUCGAGUUGUUGAGGCAAGGGAUGAGUUGCAUAGGAUGUUGAAUGAGGAUGAGUUGAGAGAUGCUGUUUUGCUAGUGUUUGCUAACAAACAAGAUCUUCCUAAUGCAAUGAAUGCUGCUGAAAUAACUGACAAGCUCGGACUUCAUUCGCUCCGACAACGCCACUGGUACAUCCAGAGCACAUGUGCGACCUCUGGAGAGGGGCUUUAUGAAGGGCUUGAUUGGCUCUCUAACAACAUUGCCAGCAAGGCUUAAGGCUCUCAAAUUCUGGCUGCCCAGGAUUUUUGCUGAUGCAAGGUUUAGGAAAAAUCAAGAGACCCGAGUUAUAUCGUCAUCACUACCUCAUCAAAUCUGUCCCGAAUAUCUAGGGUUUUUAAUCGUACUUCUCGUAUCUAGUUGAGUGAGGUUGUUUUUAUAUAAGAUGAUCGACUUCAUAUAUGCUUUCUUAAACAAUAUUGUUUGGUUGCAUCACUGCUACUUUUGGUCAGAGUGUUAGCUGUAAUGGUUUUCUUAUGUGUUAUUGACUUUUGGUUUUGCCUUCUCCUUCUGGAAUGAGCAUCCAUUCUUUUGUCCUUUAAA